CUCUCUCUCUCUCUCUCUCUCUAGUACAAGAUGUUACUAUAUUUGUCUAAUAAUAAACAUGUCACUUCUGUUAAAGUUGACGCCUCUUUCAACAUGACUAUUCAAGCUAGUAAUUAUGCGAGUUUCUAUGACGAUGCUAGACAGGCGUGGUCACUUCAUUUCACUAGUACCGAAGAUGCUGUUAAACUUGCUAAAGAGAUUGCAGUUUGUAAGGCUAAUAGUGUUGGUCCAGCUUUUUCUCAACUUUUAAAGCAAGACUUAGUCCUAGGAGAAGGACAGCCUGUUGAUAAAGGUGAUUCUGUUGAAGUGGUAUAUACAGGUUGUCUACUGGAGAAUAAUGGGAUUGGAAAAGUUUUUGAUUCUAAUGAUAAAGGUUUUCGCUUUAAAGUCGGAGCCGGGAAAGUCAUAAGAGGCUGGGAUGAGGGUACAGUCGGCCUGUGUAAGGGAGGUAGGCGUGUCCUGAUCAUACCAUCAUCUCUGGCCUAUGGAUCUCAAGGGGUCAGUGGGCGUAUCCCUCCUAAUGCUAACCUCGUCUUUGAUGUUGAAGUGAAGAAAGUCAAACAUUCGAAAGAGAAGAAACAGGAAGUGACUAUAGCCACACCCCCAAAGAUUGACACGCCUCCUAUAGACAGGAAGAGUAGUGAUACAGUGAGGGAUCGGACACAAUCAUUUGAAGACCAGCUGGUCCAGUCCGGUUCAAUUGACGACUGA